GGGGGAGUGGAGUCGCUGUUUGGAUCUGCUCGCCUACGCCUCUAUGUGUUCGCCGCACUAUUCUAUUUUUCUCUAUCAAACUUCGAAGACACUCUUAGGACACCCAUGGAAGGAACAUGCGAGUUGACAUUAGAAUAUGACCACCCAUGUUAGUUCCUGAACCUCUAUGUCUUCCUCGUGCGUCGAACAGCAUCAGGACCGGAGUCCAGUAGCUGAAGUUGGACAUGUGGCGCCACGUAGCGUUCAUUGGUUUGUGCUUUGCAGUCAUUGCGGCUGUCUACAGUAAAGCUUUACAUCGAGUUAAACGAUGGGAGGAGUUUCCAGAUGUGGAGUUUACCUUUGAUUGUAAUACUCGGGCAGUUGGGUUCUACGCUGAUCUGGAAUUCGACUGCAAGAUCUUUCACAUGUGUGAUGCUUACGGCCGCAGGGUGCCGUAUAUAUGUCCCAACGAGACAAUGUUCAAUCAGGAGUUCAGGAUAUGCGACUGGAGCUACAGUGUAAACUGCGCCGAUGCCCCCAACUGGUAUUAUCUGAAUGAACUUACGUAUGCAACUGACCCACCUCGGCCAUAGGAACAACAUUAGAAGAUUAGAAUGGACUAUCCGCACACUGAAACAUUCUAUUUGUGCACAUUAAUUGAAUCAGACAUUCUCUACAAUAAGCAUUACUCCGUGUAUAUGUGAGUGUCCUUGGUUCAAAAUGUUUUCUUUCUAUCCACAGCUGACCUCUUUGGUAAGCUAUCAGGCUUAAGGUUGCGGUUUCAAGGCCUGUUCUUAAUAUGUAUAUUUCACCUUUAUAGAUGCUAUCUGUAGUUUCCACGUCCUUUACUGCCUCUUCAUUCAUUCUCCAUAUAACUUUUAUUCUGUAUUUGUGUGUGUG